UGCUGGUAAACGGUUGAUUGGUCGGCGCAAUUCGGCAAAAAAAAAAUCAUCAGGUGCGACAAACAAACAAAACGAAACGAAUUCAAAAUUUCAAAUUUUUAAAACGAAAAUGCAGUUAAAAUUUAAAUUUUAAAUAAAUCGAUCGCAACGGGCAUUUAUUCUAUUUAUUUGUGUAUCGGUUGUGUGUGUUUCUGUGUGUGUGUGUGUGUGUGUUUAUGUGAGCAUUACGAAAAUCUAAACGAACAUAUUUGAAAAACGCACCUUAAAUAAAUAUUGAACACCCCGCGAGAAAUUCUUUUGGGCAACUUCUCUGAUAAGCAGAGCAACAAAGCAACCCUAAUUGCUGAUAACCAACAAGAAAUAUAAUAAUAUUUGAAAGAAAAAUAGCACAAUCGUCGCGUGUGUGUCGUGUGUGUGCGGUUGAAUGUGCAAAUCGAGUGUGCGAGAAGAGUGAAUUUCACAAGGAAGCAGCAGCAGCUAAUCAAAUCAAGAGGCAAAAGGCAAAAGGAAUGGCGGAAAAUACUGGCAAUGAUGGCAAUCGAUCUCCUUCAAUGGACGAGGACGAGUCGACGCUGGAUGACUUGCAGAAAAUAUUCAAUCCUGUGCGAUCGUCCGCCUCAGAGCCGGCCAUGUCUUCGAUGAUGCCGCUGCCGAUGCACGUGCCAACUUCGGCUGCCUUUACACGCAUCGUUGUGGAGCCCACGAAUCACAUUAUACGAUUUCGGUAUAAAUGCGAGGGUCGCACAGCGGGCUCGAUACCCGGCAACAAUUCAAAGCCCGAAGCUAAGACGUAUCCCACCAUCGAGAUUGUCAACUACAAUGGACCCGCUCAUGUCUUUGUCUCUUGCGUCACCGCCGAUCCGCCAUAUCGUCAGCAUCCUCACGAGCUGGUCAGCAAGGAUGAGGCCGAUAAGUGCAAAGCUGGUGCGUAUAUUAAGCGAUUGAAGCCUGGCGAGCAGCGGCUGGAACUGCAGAAAGUUGGCAUUCAGUGCACCAAAAAGACGGAAGUGGCCGAGGCGCUGAAGAAGCGCAAAGAGAAGAAUAUUGAUCCAUUUCGUGCUGGCUUUGAGCACGCCAAGGAUGUGUCCAGCAUUAAUUUGAGCCAGUUGCGUCUUUGCUAUCACGUCGUCAUUAUGGAUGAGAAAACCAAAUCUAAUAUUGCCCUCGAGCCAGUUGUUUCGUCGCCUAUCUACGGCAAGAGCAACGAUCUGACCAUCACCAAGAUGUGCAAAUGCUCCUCAAAGUCCAGCGGCGGGGAUGAGAUCAUUCUGCUCUGCGAGAAGGUCAACAGGAAUGACAUCAAGAUCCGAUUCUUUGAGACAAAUGCCGACGAUGUUGUCGUGUGGGAGGCCUACGGUAUCUUUGGUAAUCAUAAUGUGUACAAACAGACGGCGAUUGCGUUCAAAACACCGAGUUACCACAACAAAAACAUUCAGAACUGCGUCGAUGUGGAAGUGCAGCUGGUGCGUCCCUCGGAUGGUGCGACGAGUGCUCCGCGUGUCUUCACCUACAAACCCAACCCAGAAACCAUGAGCGAACAGUUCCAUCAAAAUGCGAUCGAAUCCACCGAAUUAGUUAAGCGCAAAUUAGCUGGUCUUGCUUCCAAUAGCAAACAGCGGCGAUUGCAACCAGCAACCAACGCACAGGAGAUGUCGAAUUAUUUUGGACAGACGACACCGUUUUUGCACUCUUACCAAACGAAACCGAGUCCGACGGGCAGCACAUUUGAAACGGACGUCAAGUUUGAAAUGCAAUUUGAUGUGGACAACAUUCCCUCGACGAGCAACCAGGAAUUCCUCACGAACUUCCCGCUGUCGCCCGUGUCAAGUUACAGCACUGCCGAUAGCAUUUCACCGGUGCAACAGCAGCAGCAGCAACCACAAAUGCAACAGCAACUGCCACAACAGCAGCAGCAAAUGUAUCUGGGGAGCAGUCCAAGUCCAUCGUUUGGCUCCGAGAUGAAGUAUGAAGUGCCGCAAAUGCAAAUCGAUAGCAUUCCCACGACGUGCGUCCAAAAUAUUUGUACGGAUUUUUCAAUGUCGCCCGGAUCCAGUUACAGCACAACCGAUGGCAUUGCUCCCAUGAUGACGGUCCAACAACAACAGAUACAACAGCAACAGCAGCAACAACAGCAGCAGCAAUUCCAACAGCAGCAACAACAGCUGCCAUUGCAAAACUGUCCCAACGAGCUGGAGAUGACGAAUGCUCUCAAUCACAUGACCAUGCAGGACAAUUCGUAUCCAUCCAAGAUGAUGCAGUUGUCCAAUCAAGUGCAUUCCAAAACCAGCUUCAACGGUGGCAGCUUCAUAACCACGAAUUCACAUGAUGUGCAAAUGAAUAACAACAACAAUGCCUUCAGUCCCAACAUGAAUACCACGAACUUGUCUUUUUCACCACAGAAUUGUAUGCCAUAUGAAUUGAAUCCACAGCAAUCGCAGUCUCCUUCGCAGUUUCAACAAGUGCAAUAUCAGCAACAGCAGCAGCAGCAACUGAUGCAGCAAUCCCAGCAACAGCAGCAAUUACAGCAACAACAGCUGCAGCAACAUCAACAGCAACUUGCCCAGCAACAACAGCAGCAUCAACAACAGCAACAACAACUGGUGCAGCAGGAGGCUCUGGAUUUCCUUGGCGACUUGGGCUUUGAUAAUACCAACAUCACAGAGAGUGCAGAGAUACGUUAUAUUAAUGAUUUACAAAAAACAAUUGCUACUCUCGACAGCCAGUCGCCAACAUAAUGUGAUUACUUUAAAGGCAGAAGGAAUUGAAGAAGCCCAUAAAGUGUGUAUAUGAGCAUAUGAUCAGCGUUCACAGCAGAGGCGAUAUAGACUGUCGAUCUACUUAUUAUGAACAACUCGAUCUCAGAGACUAUGAAAGCUAGUUGCUUAAUAUUUAAGCUACAGCUUAGUUGUUGUAAAGAACAUUGAAAAUUUUACUACGAUCGAACAAUAAACUUGAAAGUUAACAUGGAGAAACAUUUACAAACCCAAAAAUAUUAGAUAUUUCCGAAGAUAACAGACUUUGAUUUAAAAUCGCGAUUGUACAAAUAAUUUUCACGUUUAGUUCUUGUUGUACGAACAGAGUAACUUGUUUUUUAAUUUAGAUCAUAGACUAUGUAUGUAUAUAAAGUAUGUUUUGUUAUGUAAUUUAAGAGACGUAUUUUUGUUCUUUUGGCCAAUUAGUGGAGAGUGGCAAAUAGCUCGAAUCCCAUCAAAUAAAGUGAAAUUUGCAAAUCUUUUUUGAAAUAUAAUAAACGAAAAACUUGAUCAAAAAAGAACAUUGCUGUAAAUAUUGUUGAAUUGUGUUUAUGUACUGUUUGCGAUAACAAAUAAGCGAGGAGAAACUUGUCUUCGAAAAUUUUGAUGAUACGAUGAAUGUAUAUAAAUAUGUAUUUAUAUGUAAUUAAUGAGGCCUUUGCUUCUUUUGGCUAAUUAGUUGUUAGGUUUGUAGCAAGUAACUCGGAAUCUCAUCUAAUAUUAUUGUACACUUCAACUGUAUUUGAUUUUUUGUUAACAUUCAAUAAAUGAAAUCCAAUUCUGCUUCUCGUGAUAAAUUUUGGGAAUGUGUGUAAAACAUAAGAAUACGAAUACGAAUAAUAAUAAUACUGUGUUUAA